AUUUUUGAUAACACUAAAACAAAGAUUUAUUAGUUAUUUUGCAAAUUCUAACCUUGUACAACAAUGAAUUUAUAAAAUAUGUCUCUAGUCUUAACGAUAAGGCAGCACAAAUUUAGCCAAUUUUGUAGUAACACGUUGGUUUUAAAGAUAUAGUAAAAUGUUUUUACUAUUAACUACAAUUCUCUUCAUUGCUGAGUCUAUGGCUAGCUCAAUAGACCCCAAUUGUGACUACUACCAAGACAUGCAAAUAGGUCAGGAAUAUUUUAUUUAUAACAAGGAAUAUCCCAAUAAUUAUGGUCCGUCAACGGCUUGUCGUUGGUUAGCUAGAAGCCCUGAAAAUACUGUUAUUGUCUUAAGUUGUAAUGAAAUGAACGUACCUCCUUCAUCCAACUGUCAUAAUGAUAAACUCUUGUUUUCACUCACUGGAAAUGAAAAUUUCGAAGAUGGUCAACAUUAUUGUGGUAAUAACAUUUUCAGUACCUACACACAAAGUAAUUCUUUAUCAGUUGGUUUAUUUUCAAAUGAAAACAGUCAAGGUGGUGUAUUUCUUUGUUCUUUGGCAGUGAUGCGUUUGCCGAAAUCUGAAUGUUCCUGCGGUUUGCAACAAGAAACUAAAAUUGUAGGUGGACAAGAAACUGGUGUUAAUGAAUUUCCCUCAAUGGCGGCUUUAAUUAAUCCUUCGACUAGUGAAGCUUUCUGCGGUGCUUCUUUAAUUACAGAUAACUACGCCGUAACUGCAGCUCACUGUCUAUUGAACAAUAAACCUAAUAAUUUGGCCUUGUUGGUCGGGGAUCAUAAUCUAAACACUGGAUCAGAUACUGCAAAUGCGGCUUUGUAUCGUGUGCAAAGUAUCGUUCAACAUCCCUCAUACGACUCUCAGUCUAGACACAACGACAUCGGAGUCGUCAAAACUGAGCGCAAAAUGGAAUUAAAUGCUGCUGUUUACCCUAUUUGUCUUCCUUUCUACUACGGUGGUAAUAGUUUCGUUAAUCAAGAAGUUACAGUUCUAGGUUGGGGCUUUACAGAUGUUUCCGGUCAGAAAGCAGACGCUUUGCAAAAAGUUGAUCUGACGAUUGUUGAUAACAAUUACUGCGAUUCUCGCAUAGAUGAAGAAAUUUGGUCAACUCAGGUUUGCACUUACACUCCUGGUAAAGAUUCAUGUUUCAGCGAUUCUGGGGGUCCUCUAUUAUGGAAAGGUUCAGUUUCUCAGAGUGGCAAAUUAGAAUUGGUUGGGAUUAUCUCGUACGGAGUUGGGUGUGCAACUUCAAAACCAGCUGUGAAUACAAGAGUUACAGCUUUUCUGUCAUGGAUUGUUUCAGUCGGUUUUUUUUCAAAAACAAAAGUUUUUGUUUACACAAGACGAAAUAUGCAAGACAAAAAUCUAUAUCGAGCCAUGGGUUUUGCCACCCUUUUCAACUUUCUGAUAGCAAUUUCAAUGGCUGUCGAUCCAAAUUGUGACUUUUACCAAGAAAUGGAGUUGGGCCAAAAUUACUACAUUUAUAAUCCGGGGUAUCCAGAUUACUCCGGACCACCAAUUGCUUGCCGAUGGGUUGGUAAAAGUCCUGUUGGCACGGUUAUAGUUUUAACUUGUGAAGAUAUUGAUAUACCAACUUCUUACAAUUGCUUCAGCAAUCGGCUUUCUGUUUCCCGAACCGGAGAUGAAAACUUCCAAAAACAGACCACAAAUUAUUGUGGAAAAACGGCGACUACAAUUCUGACAGAAGAUAACUCUAUUGCAGUUGGUUUUUUUUUGACAAAUUCUCUUAAUGUAGGGCGUUUUUCUUGUUCAUUGACUGCAAUGCAAACAGCACCUCCUACUACAACAACGGCACGACCCAACACAUGUGACUGCGGCUGGAAAAAAGGGACUAGAAUUAUUGGAGGACAUGAAACCGGUAUUAACGAAUACCCAUCAAUGGCCGCUAUGGUAGACCGAUGGACUUUUGAUGCUUUUUGUGGUGCGUCAAUUAUUUCAGAUAGAUACGCCCUAACUGCUGCGCACUGUAUCUUACGUAAAACACCCGAAGAUUUUGCUUUGCUAGUAGGAGACCACAAUAUGACUUCUGGCGAUGAUACACCUUAUGCCGCAGUAUAUAAAAUUUCAAAUAUGAUUUCCCACCCUAACUACGACCAAAACACCCAAGUUAAUGACUUGGCGGUAUUGCAAACUGAAAAACCGAUUGAAUUCAGUCUUUUCGUAGGCCCUGUUUGUUUGCCUUUUAGAUACACGUCGGUCACUUUUCUCAGCCAAACUGUUAUUGCUUUAGGAUGGGGUUUCAUCGAUGUCGCUGGUCCUAAAUCUGACACUCUUCAAGAAGUCGAUUUGACUGUAGUUUCUACAGAAGAAUGCAACGCUACUAUUACGGACAACCCUGUGACCUAUCGCCAAAUCUGUACGUAUGCACCUAAUAAAGAUGCCUGCCAAAGUGAUUCUGGAGGACCUAUUCUUUGGCAAGAUCCAAAUACAAGAAGAUUACAACUGCUUGGUAUUAUUUCUUACGGAAUCGGAUGUGCAACUUCUAGACCAGGAGUUAAUACAAGAGUUACAUCAUAUCUCAGAUGGAUUGUAUCAGUUACUGAAGAUGCCUUCUACUGUAUCAAAUAAUACUCGUACAACAAUUACCAAAAAAAUAAACACUAUUUAAUAAAGAGUUAUAGA